AUGGGCUCAAAGUUGUCCCCUAUUCUGGCACAGUAUGUUAUGGACCAUCAGUUGGACUCAAUCUUACCUAAAUUACCAUAUACUGUUCUAUUCGUAAAAAAGUUUGUGGAUGACAUCAUGAUGAUAGUACCAGAAACAUUUAUUCAACUGACACUUGACUUGUUCAACUCGGUUUGUGUAGAUUUACAGUUCACACUAGAAACAGAAGAUCUCCAUCACUCAGUACCCUUCCUAGACACUAGAGCAUAUAGACAAGAUAAAAUAGUAAAAUUGAAAUGGUAUAGGAAGGACACACAUUCAGACAAAAUUAUUCAUUUCCACUCAGACCAUGGCAUAAAUGUGAAAAUUAACACAAUAAACCAAAUGAAAAGAAGAAUAUCAAAAAUAUGCCAUAAAUCAUUCAUAGAUGAAGGACUAAAAAAAUUACACCAGAUUCUUAAAGAAAAUGAUUAUCCUAACAGCAUGAUUAAGAAAUUACUAUAUGCUAAUGGUACCACUCAAAAUGAACAAACAGAAGAACAAAAUAUGACAACAGAUAGAACACAUUAUGCAUCGUAUCCAAAUGUUACAAACUUGACAGGAAAAUUGAAAAAUGUGUUCAGAGAGGAAAACAUCAAAAUUGCAGUCCAAAAUCAAAAAACGGUGAGGUCAUUGUACACCAAAAUAAAGGACCCCAUUCCAACAUCCUUCCAAAGUAAUGUCGUUUAUAAAAUAAAAUGUGAGACUUGCGACAAAUGUUAUAUAGGGCAUACCUCCCAAUGGUUGAAAAGUAGAGUGGCGCUACAUAGAUCGGACAUAAGAAAAUACCCAGAGAGAUGUGCAUUGGCUGCGCAUGCGCAUAAUCUGGACCAUCAUGUGAAUUUUGAAGGUGUUGAGGUACUCAAAACAGAGAGAAAUUAUCAAAAAAGAUUGAUUCACGAAAUGAUUAACAUAAACAAAGAAGAUGAAACCAUAAAUAAGAAGACAGAUACGAACAAAUUAAGCUCUAUAUACAGUUAUUUGUUAGAAAGGAUAAAAAUGGAACCUUUUUAUGACGGCCCAAUAGAUGAAUAAAGAAGACAGGGAACAUAGAGGAGUGAGAGACUAGUUUUCUAUAAUAACAGAAACAUAACCAUCAAAUGUCAUUAUUGUGUUAUCUUAGAUGAGAGUUACUAAAUUGCGUAUAAAUAAGAUUAUCAACCGGAAGAGUUUUUAAAUUUGUGAAAUAGAUUCAGUUGACGUGUUUUUGGAGAAUUCCUAUGAAAUUAAAAUAUAACUUUUUGUUUUUAUUAGUUACAACGUUUGUGGCAGAUGUUAUCCAUGUAAAACCUCACAUUCAAAGCCCUGAAGAAGCAUU